AUGACAGAUGGCACUGUUGUCACCUGGGGAAGUAGCAAUAAUGGUGGUGACUCUUCUGCAGUCGCUAGCCAGUUGACGGAUAUCGUGCAGAUUUCUGGGGCUCGAUGCAAAUUCACCGCGCGCAAGUCAACUGGGAAGGCGAUUAUGUGGGGUGGAAACAGUGGAUGUGAUUCAUCAGCCCAAAACCAUUUUGACCAUUUUUCUUCCAACAACGAGCUGGAUGAUGUGGUAAAUCUGGCAGUCCACGAACUGGACUUUGCUGCUUUGAAGGCUGAUGGUACAGCGCGUGGAUUCGGCGAGUGGGGCCGUCAAACACCAUCGCUGAGCAAUGUGCAGGACGUAUUCACUACUCACAGGGAAGGUGUGGGGGCCAUCGAUGGCAGCGGUAACGUGAAAACCUGGGGAAGAGGAGGCACUACACUUAGUGGCGUGCAGUCCGUAUACAGCAAUUGGUUCAGCUACACUUUCUUUGCCUAUCGUAAGACGGAUGGCACUGUAACAUCUACGUGGUCUGCACCAUCAAGCCCUCCGACAGAUGUCCAAGAUGUCAAAAUGACGGGGAACGCAGUCGCAGCCUUGAAGACAGAUGGAACUGUGCAGGUUGUGCCAAUCUACCGGGCAUUCGCUGCUCGGAAAUCUGAUGGAAGUGUGGUAGCCUGGGGAGAGGCAUCCAAUGGUGGAGAUGCUUCUGCUGUGGCUGACCAGCUAUCAUCGGGCAUCAUUAAUGCGGCAGAUGGCACUGUGGUGGCAUGGGGCAACUCAGGCUUGAAAGUGGCUGGGAGGAGAUUCCACUGGAGCAAUCACAACUGUAACCACAUCAACUUCAACGAUAACAACGGAAACAUCAUCAACUGUCACGAAGACAACCUCGACGUCCAGCACUGCGACCGGGACAAGCACCAGCAGCUGUUCAUUUACAAGCAGUACAAGCACCACAACUUCGACGACGACCAGCACCAGAAGUGCCACCAGCAGCAGCUCAACGAGCGGCACUCUCACAACGACCUCCACACUCAACAGCCAGUACUCAUACACAAGAACUGGGACCACAACAUCGAGCACUUCCACAAGCACUACGGUCACAAGCACUGCGACCAGAUCGCAGACCCUGGCCCAGAAGAGCCCGAGAAGCUGAAGGAGCAGCAGCGUCAGAGAGAG